AUGUCGGGGCCCGUGUACGAGGACAUCUUCGACAUGAACCGGCUCCUCCCCAACGACGUGGACCUGACUUUGAAAAUGUUCAGAUCGGAACCCAAAUUUUGUUUGAUGAGCAACGUGACUGAGCAUGAAUUCAAAGUUCAACUCUUGGACGCUUAUCUGCAGGUGUGCAAGGUCAAAGUCAACCCCGCCUUGAUCUUGGCUCACAACACACUUUUCGAAAAAUCGAACGCUCUCUACCCGUACACCAAAAGCGAAGUCAAGGUGACCAGCAUCCCGACCACUCAGCAGACGCACGCCAUAGACAACGUCAGCAAUCCUGUCGCCAACCGAUACGUCGUGGGACUGGUGGAAAGUUCGAGUCUGAACGGCAGCUACACCGGCAAUCCCUAUAAUUUCAAGUCGUCCAUGCUUAAAAAGAUAACGCUGUACAUCGACGGAGUCAGUGUGCCGGGUCAACCCGCCGAAGCGGACGAUGUCGCCUCUUACGUCAACAUGCUCGAUGGCAUGGGACUGUGGAAGGAAGACAAGGGCAAUGCCAUCACCAGAAGCGAAUUUCUCCUGGGGAAUGCCUUGUUCGUCUUCGACAUCGACACAAUGUGCGCUGAGUCAGAGUACCUGAACUUGGUGAAAUCGGGAAGCGUGAGGCUCGAACUGGAAUUCAAGUCGGCGCUCACCAGCACGCUGAGUUGCGUCGUCUUGACUCAGAAAUCGAAAUCGACCAAGCCCGCAACGUGUUUGUCAAACUGUGACAAGAGGUUUACACGAAAAGAUAAUCUACAGAGACAUCAGAAGCAGAUGCAUGGAUCAACUCGAAACUUAUCUCCUCCUCCUCCUCCUCCUGCAGAUAAGCAACUUCCUCUUCCUCUGGAUAAACGCCUCCUCCUCCUCCUCCUCCUCCUGGAGAGGAGCACAAGCAGCAUGACCGAUUCAGAUUUCUGA